AUGGCAAAUUCUGAGGUAGUUAUAAGUAGCUGCAACUCUCCCGAAGAGGAAAAUCGCUGCAAUUUUAACCAGCAUACAGCUGUCUCGGAAGAACUUCUCUUAGAAGACCAGAUGAGGAGAAAACUCAAAUUUUUCUUCAUGAAUCCUUGUGAGAAGUUCUGGGCUCGAGGUAGAAAACCAUGGAAGCUUGCCAUCCAAAUCCUAAAAAUUGUAAUGGUGACAAUCCAGCUGGUCUUCUUUGGGCUAAGUAACCAGAUGGUGGUAGCUUUCAAAGAAGAGAACACGAUAGCAUUCAAACACCUCUUCCUAAAAGGCUACGUGGACCGAAUGGAUGAUACAUAUGCCGUCUACACACAAAGAGAUGUGUACGAUCAGAUCAUCUUUGCAGUGGAUCAGUACCUGCAGCUGCGCAACAUCUCCAUUGGGAAUCACGCUUACGAGAACAAGGGGACCGAGCAAUCGGCCAUGGCCAUCUGUCAACACUUUUACAAGCAAGGAAACAUCUGUCCCGGGAAUGACACCUUUGACAUUGACCCAGAAAUCAAAACUGAAUGCUUCUUUGUCGGGCCCGAUGAGCCCUUUCACCCUGGAGCACCGGAGUCCAGUAAGCUCAACUUCACGCUGGACUUCCACAGACUCCUCAAGGUGGAGCUGCAAUUUAAUCUCAAGGCCAUUAAUCUGCAGACAGUGCGCCAGCACGAGCUCCCCGACUGCUACGACUUUACUCUAACCAUAACAUUUGACAACAAGGCUCACAGUGGAAGAAUUAAAAUAAGUUUAGAUAAUGACAUUGCUAUCAGAGAAUGCAAAGACUGGCAUGUAGCUGGUUCAAUUCAGAAGAACACUCACUACAUGAUGAUCUUCGAUGCCUUUGUCAUCCUGACCUGCUUGGCCUCGCUCAGCCUCUGUGUCCGGUCUGUGAUCAGGGGGCUUCAACUGCAGCAGGAAUUUGUCAAUUUUUUCCACCUCCAUUAUAAGAAGGCAGUGUCCUUUUCUGAUCAAAUGGAAUUUGUCAAUGGAUGGUACAUUAUGAUUAUUAUUAGUGAUAUAUUGACAAUCAUUGGAUCGAUUCUGAAAAUGGAAAUCCAAGCUAAGAGUCUAACGAGCUAUGAUGUCUGCAGCAUAUUUCUUGGGACCUCUACUCUGCUUGUGUGGCUUGGAGUCAUCCGCUACCUCGGGUUUUUCCAGAAGUACAACCUCCUCAUUCUGACCCUUCAGGCAGCACUGCCCAAUGUCAUCAGGUUCUGCUGCUGUGCGGCCAUGAUUUACUUAGGCUAUUGCUUCUGUGGGUGGAUUGUGCUGGGCCCUUACCAUGAUAAGUUCCGUUCUCUGAACACGGUCUCUGAGUGCCUUUUCUCUCUGAUAAAUGGAGACGACAUGUUUGCCACAUUUGCAAAAAUGCAGCAAAAAAGUUACUUGGUCUGGCUCUUCAGCAGACUUUACCUCUACACAUUCAUCAGCUUGUUCAUAUACAUGAUUUUAAGUCUUUUCAUCGCACUCAUUACUGACACUUAUGAAACAAUUAAGCAUUACCAACAAAAUGGCUUUCCAGAGACUGAGCUUCGGAACUUUAUAUCAGAGUGCAAAGAUCUACCCAACUCUGGAAAGUACAGAUUAGACGACGACCCUCCAGUGUCUUUAUUCUGCUGUUGUAAAAAGUAACUCUCGAGCUUAUCUGUACCCUUGAGGAAAGUAAAACUUGCUGCUGCAUUGGGAGACCGUGUGGAUAUUUUAGAAUCAAGGGAGGUAUGGUCUAGGACCAGCUAUUAUUUUGAGCUAAUGGCUAUCACUCGGAAAUAUGCUUCUCUAUUUUAAAGUGAUUUAAUGCCUCUUUCGUCUUUAAAAACUGUUGAUGGUGGAGCCGUGGGAUUUUGCUCUUUCCUUUUGAUUUCCCCUAGCUUUAGAGUGUGCUCCUCGUGCCUCUCUUUGUCACUCUUUAGUCUAGCUCUGACACUUUUACUCUCUGCCCCAAGUGCUGAUUAUGUCAUCAGUGGGACCCUGGCCUGACAGUGAUGUCAGGCAACUCACUGAUCUUGACUGGAACCGUCUCUGAGAGAAGAGGGAUGGCUGAUGUGCAUCCAGCAGUCAGUGUAUUUUAAAAUUGUACCUUCUGGAAGAGCACCAGAAAGCAACAGCCAUCACCAAUGGGUGGACAGCUUAUUGGAUUGCUAUUUAGUUCUGCAGAGAAUUAGGCUUUGCUUCUUUCAGUGUUAAAGUGCAAAGCUGAAGGACUAUCUUGUACACACAGGACAAUUAAACCUCAAUACCAAAUGCAUACUCAAUGCAAAGAUGGUCAUUUUAUUAGUACUUUGAACAGUUUUGUGAAAACUAUGUGAUGUACUGUACCCUGUUUGGUGUCCAGAGCUCUAGCUUCAUGGGGAAACAUUCUCUUAACUCACAUUAGAAAUAUCUGGGGAAAAUAAUUAGGCUCCAAAUUUAAAACUAACUGGGCAAGUGGUCCUUAAAAAGACGCAGAAACAGUGUUCUUAGCCUCUCCUGCUUGUAGGGAAGUUGCAGCGGUUGCCGUGACGUGAAUGUCUGUGUACUAUUUAAAUGCAAAUGAUGUGCAAUAAAUGUUCUCAAAACAA